AUGCAGCUUAAAAAAAUGCUGAGAAGGAAGCGCUUAUCUGCAGGCAGAGCGCCCAUGAUUCUCUUCCUGUGCCAGAUGAUUAGCGCACUGGAUGUACCUCUUGAUCCAAAACUUCUUGAAGACUUGGUACAGCCUCCAACCAUUACUCAACAGUCUCCAAAAGAUUACAUUAUUGACCCUCGAGAGAAUAUCGUAAUCCAGUGUGAGGCCAAAGGGAAACCUCCUCCAAGCUUCUCCUGGACCCGCAAUGGGACGCAUUUUGACAUAGAUAAGGACCCUCUUGUCACCAUGAAGCCCGGCUCAGGAACCCUCACGAUCAACAUCAUGAGCGAAGGGAAAGCAGAGACCUACGAAGGGGUCUAUCAGUGCACAGCCAGGAACGAGCGCGGAGCGGCAAUUUCUAAUAAUAUUGUUGUCCGUCCUUCCAGAUCACCGCUGUGGACCAAAGAAAAACUUGAACCAAUAAUACUUCGAAAUGGCCAGUCUCUGAUCCUUCCCUGCAGACCCCCUCUUGGAUUACCACCACCUAUAAUAUUCUGGAUGGAUAAUUCCUUUCAGAGACUUCCACAAAGUGAGAGAGUUUCUCAAGGUCUGAACGGAGACCUUUACUUCUCCAAUGUUCUCCCAGAGGAUACCCGUGAGGACUAUAUCUGUUAUGCCAGAUUUAAUCACACUCAAACCAUACAGCAGAAGCAACCUAUUUCCGUGAAGGUGAUUUCAGUGGAUGAAUUGAAUGACACCAUAGCUGCUAAUUUGAAUGACACUGAGUUUUAUAGUGCAAAAUCAAAUAGAGAGAGGCCACCAACCUUUUUAACUCCAGAAGGCAAUGCCAGUCAUAAGGAAGAAUUAAGAGGGAAUGUCCUUUCGCUGGAAUGCAUUGCAGAGGGACUGCCUACCCCAAUUAUUUACUGGAUAAAAGAAGAUGGAACACUGCCCAUCAACCGGACAUUUUAUAGGAACUUCAAGAAAACUCUACAGAUCAUUCAGGUUUCAGAAGCAGACUCUGGAAAUUACCAGUGUAUAGCCAAAAACCCAUUGGGAGCUAUCCAUCAUACCAUUUCUGUUACAGUUAAAGCGGCCCCAUACUGGAUCAUGGCACCUCAAAACCUUGUGCUGUCCCCAGGAGAGGACGGGAGGCUGAUGUGCAGAGCCAAUGGCAACCCCAAGCCCAGAAUUAGCUGGUUAUUGAAUGGAGUCCCAGGAGAAAUUGCUCCUGAUGACCCCAGCAGAAAAAUAGAUGGCGAUACCAUUAUUUUUUCAAAUGUUCAAGAAAGAUCAAGUGCGGUGUACCAGUGCAAUGCCUCUAACGAAUAUGGAUAUUUACUGGCAAACGCAUUUGUAAAUGUGCUGGCUGAGCCACCACGAAUCCUUACAUCUGCAAAUACACUCUAUCAGGUCAUUGCAGACAGGCCUGCUCUUCUGGAUUGUGCCUUCUUUGGGUCUCCUCUGCCGACCAUUGAGUGGUUCAAGGGAGCUAAAGGUAGUGCCCUUCGUGAAGAUAUUUAUGUUUUGCAUGAAAAUGGCACUUUGGAAAUUCCUGUGGCCCAAAAGGACAGUACGGGAACUUAUACAUGUGUUGCAAGGAAUAAAUUAGGAAUGGCAAAGAAUGAAGUUCACUUAGAAAUCAAAGAUGCAACAAGGAUCAUUAAACAGCCCGAAUAUGCAGUCAUGCAAAGAGGGGGCACCGUGUCCUUCGAAUGCAAAGUGAAACAUGAUCACACCUUAAUCCCCACCAUCACAUGGCUGAAGGACAACGGUGAGCUGCCCAAUGACGGAAGGUUCACUGUGGACAAGGACCAUUUGGUGGUGGCUGAUGUAAGGGAUGAUGAUGGUGGGACCUACACGUGUGUGGCCAACACAACUCUGGACAACGUUUCUGCCAGUGCUGUGCUGAGCGUUGUUGCUCCUACUCCAACUCCAGCUCCUAUUUACGAUGUCCCAAAUCCUCCCUUUGAUUUAGAAUUGACGGAUCAACUCGACAAAAGUGUUCAGCUGUCGUGGACGCCAGGCAAUGACAACAACAGCCCUAUUACAAAAUUCAUCAUUGAAUAUGAAGAUGCAAUGCACGAGGCAGGGCUGUGGCACCUCCAAACCGAGGUUUCUGGAAUGCAGACCACAGCCCAGCUGAAGCUGUCGCCUUACGUGAACUACUCCUUCAGAGUGAUGGCCGUGAACAGCCUCGGGAGGAGCUUGCCCAGUGAGGCAUCUGAACAGUAUUUGACUAAAGCCGCAGAACCUGAUACAAAUCCCACAGCUGUGGAAGGACUGGGAUCAGAGCCUGAUAAUUUGGUGAUUACCUGGAAGCCCUUGAAUGGUUUCGAAUCUAACGGGCCAGGCCUUCAGUACAAAGUGAGCUGGCGCCAGAAAGAUGGUGACGAUGAAUGGACGUCUGUGGUGGUGGCAAAUGUAUCCAAAUAUAUUGUCUCGGGCACACCGACCUUCGUUCCAUACCUGAUAAAAGUGCAGGCCCUGAAUGACGUGGGGUUUGCUCCAGAGCCAGCCGUGGUCAUGGGGCAUUCUGGAGAAGACCUCCCAAUGGUGGCUCCCGGAAAUGUGCACGUGAACGUGGUGAACAGUACCUUAGCUGAGGUGCACUGGGACCCCGUACCUCUGAAAAGUAUCCGAGGACACCUGCAAGGCUAUCGGAUUUACUACUGGAAGGCGCAGAGUUCGUCUAAGAGAAACAGACGCCACCUUGAGAAGAAGAUCCUCACUUUCCAGGGCAGCAAGACUCACGGCAUGCUGCCUGGGCUGGAGCCCUUCAGCCACUACACGCUGAACGUCCGCGUGGUCAACGGGAAAGGGGAGGGCCCGGCCAGCCCCGACAGAGUCUUUAAUACUCCAGAAGGAGUCCCCAGUGCUCCAUCCUCUUUGAAGAUUGUUAACCCAACACUAGACUCCCUCACUCUGGAAUGGGACCCACCGAGCCGCCCGAAUGGCAUUUUGACUGAAUACACCUUAAAGUAUCAGCCAAUUAACAGCACCCACGAAUUAGGCCCACUGGUGGAUCUGAAAAUUCCUGCCAACAAGACACGCUGGACUUUAAAAAAUUUAAAUUUCAGCACGCGGUAUAAGUUUUAUUUUUAUGCACAAACAGCAGCAGGAUCCGGAAGUCAAAUAACAGAGGAGGCAGUGACAACUGUGGAUGAAGGUAAGAUGGCUGGUAUUCCUCCACCUGAUGUAGGUGCAGGCAAAGCAAUGGCGAGCCGGCAGGUGGAUAUUGCAACUCAGGGCUGGUUCAUUGGUCUAAUGUGUGCUGUCGCUCUCCUUAUCUUAAUUUUGCUGAUUGUUUGCUUCAUCAGAAGAAACAAGGGUGGUAAAUAUCCAGUCAAAGAGAAGGAAGAUGCUCAUGCUGAUCCUGAAAUCCAGCCUAUGAAGGAAGACGAUGGCACUUUUGGAGAAUACAGUGAUGCCGAAGACCACAAGCCUUUGAAAAAAGGCAGCCGGACACCUUCAGACAGGACAGUGAAGAAGGAAGAUAGCGAUGACAGCCUAGUUGACUAUGGAGAGGGGGUGAAUGGCCAGUUCAAUGAGGACGGCUCCUUUAUUGGACAAUACAGUGGUAAGAAAGAGAAAGAACCAGCAGAAGGAAACGAAAGCUCAGAGGCACCUUCUCCUGUCAAUGCCAUGAAUUCCUUUGUUUAAUCUGUAAACUCUCUGCCAAUAUCCCAUUUCUCUAG